GGGCCGCCCCGCCUGCCAUCGCCGAGCGGCGCGGCGGGUGUCGGCAGCGAGCAGCGGCCGCGGCGCGGCGGCGGCGGGCGGCGCUCCCGGUGCGUCCCGUCCCCGCUGCCCGCUCCGCCGCCGCCCAUGGCCGCCCGGCGCCGCGGGGCCGCGGGCGCCGGCGCCGGCCCGGUGCUGCUGCGCGGCGUCUUCACGGCGGGGCCGGGGCCCGGCGGCGCCUCCUGCGCCCUGGCGCUGACGCCGCGGGAGCUGCAGGUGCGCGGCCGAGGCGGCCCCGACGCCGCGCUGCGCUUGGCCGACUGCGUGGGCUGCGCCGCCGCUCCCGCCGCCGCCGCCGCCGCCUUCUCGCUCGUCUGCUACCCGCUGCGCGGCGGCCGCUGGGGCUCGGCGCCCGCCCGGCGCCGCCUCGAGAGCACCUUCCGCGUCGCCCUGGCCCCCGACGCCGAGGGCAACCUGCGCAUCGCCCAGGCGUGGAGCGACAAGAUCCGCGAGCUGGCGGCGCCCGCCGUCCCGCGGCAGCACGGCCUCAGCUACGGGCUGCUGCCCCGGCCCUGCCGUGCGCUGGUGCUGCUGAACCCGCUGAGCGGCCCCGGCCUCGCGCUCAAGGACUUCCAGGCGCUGGUGCAGCCCAUGCUGGCCGAGGCCGACGUGGCGUCCACCGUCUUCGUCACCGAGAGAGCCCAGCAUGCUCACGAGAAGGUGCGGGAUGAGGACCUGUCGCAGUGGGACACCUUGGUGGUCAUGUCCGGAGAUGGCCUCCUCCACGAGGUGGUGAACGGGCUCAUGGAGCGGCGGGACUGGGAGGCUGCUCUGGAGAAGCCGCUGUGCAUCCUGCCGGGAGGCUCCGGGAACGCCCUGGCCGCCUCCAUCAACCACUAUGCAGGCAACGACCACGCCGCCAAGCAGGAGCUGCUCACCAACUGCGCCUUCAUCCUCUGCAAGGGGCUGCACACGCAGAUGGACCUGGUGUCGCUGAGCACCGCCUCCGGCAAGCGCCUCUUCUCCUUCCUCAGCUUCGGCUGGGGCUUCAUCUCCGACGUGGACAUCGCCAGCGAGAAGUACCGCAAGCUGGGCAACGCCCGCUUCACCGUGGGCACCAUCCAGCACCUGGCCCGGCUCCAGAUCUACCAGGGCCGCCUCUCCUACCUGCCCGCGGACGCCGCCGCCGGCCCCGAGCGGGACGACCCGCCGUCGCCCAACGGCCCCGCGGGCCGCGUCCUCCCGCCGGCGGAGACGGAGGCUCCGGGCGCCCGGGCCGAGGGGGCCCUGCCCGAGGACUCGCUCCUGGUGCCGCUGCACCGGCCGGUGCCCGCGCACUGGACCGUGGUGCCCGAGGAGGAGUUCGUCUUCGUCUACGCCAUCUACCAGUCCCACCUGGCCUCCGACCUGCUCAUGGCGCCGGCGGCCCGGCUCCACGACGGCCGCAUCCACCUCUUCUUCCUGAAGGCCGGCGUCAGCCGCGUGAUGCUGCUGAAGCUCUUCCUGGCCAUGGAGAAGGGGACCCACCUGGACUUGCGCUGUCCCCACCUGCGCUACGUGCCCGCGCGGGCUUUCCGGCUGGAGCCGCGGACCAGCGCCGGCAUCAUGACGGUGGACGGCGAGGCACUGGCCUGCGAGCCCGUGCAGGGCCAGAUGCACAGCCGCCUCUGCCGCAUCCUCUGCGGCUCCUGAGUGCCGCCGCCGGCCCCUCUCGUUGCCGCUGAGCCGCGGGCACGGCCCGCCACGAGGGCGGCACGGCCUUCCUCCCACUCAGGAACCCCCUCCUCCUCCUCCUCCUCCUCCUCCUCCUCCCGUAGCAAUAGAUCUCAGGGGCCGCGGCCAGCCCGGGGCUUUGCCACUCUCUGCACUUUAUGGAGACCAGGAUAGCUUUACCCCCGGGGCAGGAGCCGCGGCUGGGCCAGCGCGCCCUGGAGCGAGCCACGAGCCCCCUCAGGUACCAGCGAGCCACUGGCGUGUGGGUGGUCUUUUUUUUUUUUUUUUUUUUAAUCAGUGGUACGAGGUCCCGUCCCCCCGCCAGCUGCGCCGCGCACAGCCCCGGCCCCCUCCCCAGCUCCGACGCACACGGUGGCACUGCCGGGGCCCCGCCAAGCCCGGCCACUCGCCAGGGAUGCUCAGGACCAACGUCGAUGCCAGGAAAUCAAUUUUUUUUUUUUUUUAAGGGAAUGUUUCUACCCAAAGCUUCCCAUAGAAGCAGAGUUUAUUCUUGUGAGAAAUCCAAUAAAGAUCUAGCGUUUGCAAAAAACAA